GUGAUGUUCAGUUGCAGCUCUUGAGGGGUAGAACGAAACCUCGUCUCGGUAACUACGUUACUCUGAAGUAUCGUUGGGGUUGCGCAGAAGAGAUCCGACAUAUUCAGCCCAUGUCGAAUCCAUUUUUGGCGCUUGGAUUCAGGGUCAUCUGAAUUUCCAGCUUCCAACAAGCAUUCUUUGCACCAGCUGCCGAUCAUCAUAUCAAACCCUAACCCUCGGAAUAUUGCAACGGUUGAGCGGUUCUUCGAUCGGCGUUCUUCUCGCAGCUGAUUCUUGGCAGCCUUGCACAUUCAAGGUUUCCAUCUUCCAUCCUUCCGUCCAGCCUUGCGGAUUGGUUGGCACACACCGUCCACGUCUCCUUCACCCCUCCCUCCCCUCGCCACCAACUCACCCACCCGCGAUGAACCAAAUCCGCGCCAUCCAGGCGCUCAACAAGCGCGAGAUCGAAAAUGGCGUGCCACCCGAGGCCUCGUGGCACACCGACUAUCGCGACACUGCCUUCGUCUACUUCGGCGGCCUGCCGUACGAGCUGUCCGAGGGCGACGUCAUCACCAUCUUCAGCCAGUUCGGCGAGCCCGUGUUCCUCAAGCUGGCGCGCGACAAGGAGACGGGCAAGUCCAAGGGCUUCGGCUGGCUCAAGUACGAGGACCAGCGCAGCACCGACCUGGCCGUCGACAACCUGGGCGGCGCCGAGAUCGGCGGCCGCCUGGUGCGCGUCGACCACGCGCGGUACAAGCUGCGCGACGACGAGGAUCCGGAGGAGUGCAAGAUCGGGUGGGAGGACAUGCUGCGCCGCGAGCGCGCCGAGAAGGGCCUGCCGAGCGGGGACGAGGACGAGACGGACGAGGAGGCGGCGGGGCAGCAGACAAGGCCGAUGCUCAAGGAGGAGCGGGAGCUGCAGCUGUUGAUACAAAACCAUGACGACGACGAUCCCAUGAAGGAGUUCCUUAUCGACGAGAAAAAGCAAGAAAUCGAGGAGGCGUUGCGGCGGGAGAAGAGGCGGUCCGAGAAGGAAAGCCGGAGAACUAGGGACAAGGACAGGCAUAGGCACCGCUCGCACCGGUCAAGGAGGGGCGAUAGCGACGACGAAGGUCAUGGGAGGGACAGAGACAAAUACAGGGACAGAGGUGAGCGUGAGUCCGAUCGGAAGUCGAAGUCCAGGAGGGACGGGACUCCGGUUGAGGACGAGCGAAGAAAGCGCCGCCGGGAUUCUCGCGAUCGAAACCGUAGCCGAGAAGGCCGCGUUGAGAGGGACCGAGAGAGAAAUGAAACCCGUCGGCAUCGAGACGACCGAGAUGAGGACCGUCACAGGAAAGACAGUGAUAGGCAUCCACGGCACGCUCGGGAGAGUUCGCAUGGUCGUGACGAACGCCGACACCGAGCCCUAGAGGAUAGGGGACGGCACCAUAGGGAGAGAAGUCGGAGUCGCUCGCCGCGCCCAUCUCGAGACUAAGGGUGCUGGGUGGAUGGGAGAUUUGGUUCUAAUACAGCCUUGCUCUUGAUUGCGCGCAGCAACAUGGCCUGAGAAUGCACGAUACUUGUUGAGAUACCCAUUGACUAGAGGAAUAAUACUACA